AUGCUGCCGCUUUCGUUGCUUCAGACAGCGCAGGGUCAUCCCAUGCUGGUGGAGCUAAAAAAUGGAGACACGUACAACGGUCACCUUGUGAAUUGCGACACCUGGAUGAAUGUCAAUUUACGAGAGGUUAUCUGCACGUCCAAGGAUGGUGACCGGUUUUGGAAGAUGCCUGAAUGCUACAUUCGAGGCAAUACUAUCAAGUAUAUUCGUGUGCCAAAUGAGAUCUUGGACAUGGUAAAUGAGGACGAUCUUAAUAAGCGGGAUCGUCAAGCCAACCGUGGACGUGGUCGUGGAGGUCGAGGGGGUAUUGGAAACCGAGGAGGUCGUGGAGGUCGUGGUGGACGUGGUGGACGUAGCGAAGGAGGACGUGGAGGACGUGGUGACGGAGGCUAUGGAGCACGCGGACGCGGCCGAGGUGGAAACCGUGGACGAGGCCGUGGUCGCGGUGAAGAUUAG